AUGGGACAGGAUUCCAGACGUGCAAAUGAAGUGGAGAAAGAUAUAUGGAAACCCCCAAAAGAUGAUACUAUUAAAAUUAAUUUUGAUGCGUCCUUUAAUCAGCACACAGGGAGAUCAGUAUCAGGAAUUUUAGCGCGAAAUAAAGAUGGGUUAAUCAUGGCUGCAUGUACCUUUCCAUGGGAGAAUGUUCCAGACCCAGUUAUGGCGGAGGCAAUAGCGUGUCUACAAGCAGUCACUAUGGCAGAGGAAAUGGGCUUCCAAGACGUGGUGGAAGAAGACGCGUUGACUGUCAUACGUAAACUUAAAUCCCCUGAUGAUGACAUGUCGAACAUAAGUAGUUUAAUUAGAGAAAUAAAAGGGAGAACCGGUAGAUUCAAAAGUUUGAGCUACGAAUAUAUACCCAAGGAGGCUAACAACGCGGCUCAUGGAAUGGCGCGAGCAGGAAGACAAUACGAAAGCCCCCAAUACUAG